AAACCUGCAGGACAGGUUUUUCGCGCUGAUGGCUCGCUAGUCGCCCAGCUUUCCCUCUGUCGUGAUCGCUAUUGUGUGUGUGUGUGUGUGCUGCGGCUGAAUAGCUUACAGAAGGGAAGGCCUGGUAGAGGACGAGGAAAAGGCUGGGAGACGAGUAGAGAGAAAGAGAGAGAGAAAAAAGAAAAACUAGAAAUCUAUAUUUGAACCCAAGGGAAGGAAAUGUGUUGUGCGCAUGGUUCUCUGCUCUAAGGCCGGGCCUCACCCCUUUCGUCAAGCCCUUCUCUUUUCGGCCAGGGCAGCUCUUUGCUUUGGGUCAGUGUGAGAAAGACAGUGCAGAUUCCUCGGAUUUCGGUGCUAGGAAGGUGUAACCAGAAGGGAUUUCGACAAGGAGUCUCGGACUUAUAAUACACCGAAGCCAUCUUCAUGUUCCUGGCGUGCGUCAUCUUCCCGGCGGGCUGGGACCACCCGAUCGUACAGAGGAUCUGCGGCACCACGGCGGACGAGUACGAGCUGGGCGAGUGCGGCAUCCGCUGGGGCUACAUCCUCGCCAUCCUGGGCAUCUUCGACGCCGCCAUUUUGGCCGUGCUGGCUUUCUUCCUGGCCUCCAAGCGGGCCAAGAUCGAGAUCUACUCCACGGCCGGCACCGUCACCAAGUCUGAAUUGAACGGCUACUCUGAAACUGUGUCCAAGAAGUCGAUACCCAUCCAGCCCCAGGUGGUGGCCGUACCUGCCGAGGGUGACCACGACAGAUACAGCGAGUUCUCCCGUCAUUCCGACAGGCCCAGAUCUCGUGGAGGAUUCCAGCUAUAGACAACUGACAAAAUUCUGACUGGAAAAGUUCAAAAACUGAAGCGUGCGUAACAAACAUGAUCAGCAAAAACAGUAACCGAAGAAAGAAAUCAUGGACCCCUUAUAAUCCAUAAUUAAAUUCUCUGGGAGAAUGAGAUGAAACAAACAACUUUAUCCUCAUUAAAUCCAGAUCAAUAUGCCCCAGGGUGGAUAAACUUUUGAUUGUCACAAUGAGUCAGACAAUGACAAAAUAUAUAAUUUUUGUGGGAUAACUUUAAAGGCAAAAAUGAAAUUAAAAUAUAGCUAUGAAGUAGAAUAUAGUUAUCUUGAAUUAAGGAGAUCAUGUUCACUUCUGGGUUAUGUGUCAUAUAAUAUACAUUUGAAUUUGCCUUCAAAGGCAAAGAGAAAAAAGAAAUGUCUUCAACAAUAUAUAAUGCUGUAGUACUUGCAAUAGUUAUUUACAUUAUGAAAGUGAUUCAGGUGUAUACUCCAUUUUAAAUGAUAAAAUCAUUCCAGAAUUGAUGUACAUAAAAUCUAUUUGUCAGAAAAAACAUCUAACAAACUGACGAUAUAUUACCAGUCAUUUGGGGUAUCAAUGUGCCUUUUCUGUAUCUGUAUAUAAUACCAUACUUCCCACAAUUUCUUCAUAGAGACUUUCUCUCUUAUUUCCUAGUAAACAUGUUCACAUCUCGAUUAAAAAUGGAAAUAUCACAUUUGAAAUUGAUAGUGUAAGAAGAAUUAGUCAAAAUUACAGUAAAAGAAUGUAAAUACAAUUUUGAAUAACAAUCUAAAAAAAUUUAGCUCUCUAAGUGGUCCCUAAACAAAAUAGUUUGGCAAGUACGUUUACAAUCAACAUUACCAGAAGUGCCAAUGAGCACGUUAGUGUAGUGGUAUUUUCUCUACGGUGAAAGGUUGCAUCGUACAGGAAACAAUGUGACAGAAAAGAAAAUACUAUAAAUAUCUUAGAGAUCUAUCAAACACCUUGCAUUUUGUGUGCUUUAACUUCGUGUGUUAUUGUGAAUGCCAGAGUGAGCAAGACGAUCGUAGGCAGAUCAGGAACCCAAGAAGCAAUUAUCUCGCAAUUAGAGGGAGGCCCUAGACAAGUUACUUUUCAAAAACAGGAACGAUGGAAACGUAUUCUUAUGGUUUACUUUACAUAAAUUGCACAAUAAAAAUCCAGUCAUUUUGCAAGAAAUUUAUAUUUCCACCAGUAUUUCAAAUGAAUUAAACUGUGACAGCAAAUGUUGCUUAAUUGUUUUGUUGUUUCUAUUUGUAUAACAGGCUAUGCAGCAUUUUUUGCUUUAUCUUUUUAAAAAAAGGGUACAUUUUCUGCCUGCUCAGAAUAAAGUGACUGAUAUGAGAAGUCUUAUGCUCUCAAAAAUAAAGUUCUCCUUAAUCGGUGUGCGCGUGUGUAUGUGUGAGAGUGUUUUGUGCUGCAUAGAUGUACAUACUACACUUCUGUCAGGAAAAAAAAAAUUAUAUUUCUCCCACUCUACAUAUCUCUGCCUUUUCUUCUCUUUGGCCUAAAGAAAUCUGAUGUCUCAAUCCAGAACACUUUCAUUGCCACGACCUAUUUAUGAAAUCUAUGCUGCUGUUAGAUGUCAUUAAGCAAAGUAACAAAAUUAUUUAUCUGUUUUAAACAUUGUAUAUUCCCAUUAAACAUGUUUUUGGUACAAAA